UAUCACCGAGCCGCCCUGAAAGGUAGACCUGCAGCCAGUUUCAUCCAUUUGGCAAACCGGAUCCAAUUCGCGGUGGCUGUCUGGUGCCACCCGGAAACUGCGUAGCAUCCCGGCCCCGCUGUAAGAUCGCCGUCAUCCAGCGAUCCGUUUCCCCGCUUGUGCGUUCACUCACCCGACACCAUCGUGUAUUCAAAUCAUCAGGUUAUUAUCCGUCCGGGAUACGCUGAGCUCUGAUUGGCCCAGACGCCGUCGAAUGAUCUGCUCUGAGUUGAUCCUGAAUGAGUGGUGUGCAGGUGGAUCCAGGCCAGAGACAGCAGUGAGGAUGGGAGGCGGAGGCCAGCUGACGGAGAAGGGGGAGCAGGCUAACGGGAAGGCUGGAGGUGUAUACAGCUGGGACGAGGUGCGAAGCCACAGCAGCAGGAACGAUCAGUGGCUGGUGAUCGAUCGAAAGGUUUACAACAUCUCUCAGUGGGCCAAAAGGCAUCCAGGAGGCUUCCGUGUGAUCGGCCACUAUGCUGGAGAGGAUGCUACGGAGGCGUUCACAGCUUUUCAUCCUGAUCUCAACUUUGUGCAAAAGUUUCUGAAGCCUUUGCUGAUUGGAGAGUUGGCGGCAACAGAGCCCAGCCAGGACCGAAAUAAAAAUGCGACGAUCAUACAGGAUUUCAACACCCUGCGAGGACAGGUGGAGAAGGCGGGCCUUUUCCGAGCUUCACCUUUGUUUUUCUGCCUCCACCUGGGUCACAUCCUGCUGCUGGAGGCCCUGGCGUGGCUGAUAACCUGGCAAUGGGGCACCAGCUGGACGAUGACCAUCCUGUGCUCGGUCAUACUGGCAACUAGUCAGUUGCAGGCUGGUUGGCUGCAGCAUGACUUUGGCCACCUGUCGGUCUUCAAGAAGUCCAAAUGGAACCAUCUGUUGCAGAAGUUCGUCAUCGGACAUUUAAAGGGAGCUUCUGCCAGCUGGUGGAAUCAUCGACAUUUCCAACAUCACGCUAAACCCAACGUCCUCAGUAAGGACCCCGAUGUCAACAUGUUGAGCGUCUUCGUUCUCGGAACCAGUCAGCCGGUGGAGUUUGGCAUUAAAAAGAUCAAACACAUGCCCUACCACCGCCAGCACCAGUACUUCUUUCUCGUGGGGCCGCCGCUGCUCAUUCCGGUUUACUUCCACAUUCAGAUAAUGCACACCAUGAUUUCCCGUCGGAACUGGGUGGAUCUGAUUUGGUCCAUGUCGUUCUACCUUCGCUACUUCUGCUGUUACCUACCGCUCUAUGGCCUGUUGGGCUCAGUAGGCCUCAUGAUCUUUGUCAGAUUCUUGGAGAGUCAUGGUUUUGUGUGGGUGACUCAGAUGAAUCAUCUGCCAAUGGACAUUGAUCAUGAGAAGCACCAGGACUGGCUGACCAUGCAGUUACAUUCCACCUGUAACAUUGAGCAGUCCUUCUUCAACGACUGGUUCAGUGGACACCUCAACUUUCAAAUCGAACACCAUUUGUUUCCUUUGAUGCCGCGCCACAACUACCACCUGGUGGCCCCGCAGGUCCGCGCGCUGUGCGAGAAACAUGGGAUCCCCUAUCAGAUGAAAAGUCUGUGGCAAGGCUUCGCUGAUGUCUUCUGGUCACUGAAAAACUCAGGGGAACUCUGGCUCGAUGCAUAUCUCCACAAAUAACAAACUGGAUUUUCUUCUCUGUAUGCGAAAGGAGUGAUGUUGUUCUCUCCAUUUUUGCAUAAAAAAAGUGAUUGUAUCCGAUUUAUAAAACCCAGUCGAUUGUGUAGGAAUCAUGUUUUCUUAUUGGUGGUGUUUUAGUGGAGUUUUAGUUUAGUUUGCCGACUAGUACUCAUGGGGUUGUCCUAAACUUUCUUAAGAGUUUCUCGAUCAUCCCAAAUCUUGUGAUGUAAAUGAAAUCGUGAAAUGUGAGUCAUUUCAAAUGAGCAUCAGUUAGCUUUUUCUAUCUUGUGAUACAGCUGGAACGAUGAAAUAUUACUAUAAAAAAAAAAAAAAAAUGCUGACAAAUGGCAAACCCUGUGUAGCUGGGGGGGUAAACGAACAUUUUCUUCUGUCAAACCUGUAACUUGUUCAACUGCGACUCUUGCUCUGCUUUCAGUAUACAAUAAAGAAUCGGUGUUGUCAA